AUGCUCCAAAGGGCCACGGCAGACCUCGAUGAAGAUGACGGCAUUUACAUCCGAUAUCGUACUGAUGGGAGCCUAUUCAACCUAAGGCGACUGAAGGCCCACACCAAGACCCUUAACUACCUUGUCCACAAGCUGCUUUUUGCUGACGAUGCUGCCCUCGUUGCUCAUACAGAAGCAGCUCUGCAGCCUUGGGGCCAUCCACAGAGGAUGCCAAGCUCUAAAGCAUCUGCAUUAAUACUCAGACACCCUCUUGGCAUUUUCCAGGUUCGACUGGCACUGACGCCAACAGAGUAAUUCACGAACAACGUCAAAACGAAUGACUACGUGAAGGACAACGAGGAGUGCAAAGUCCUCAUCAUAAACGCGCUGACGAUGCACGACCUCAACAUCCACAGCCCACCCUCCUUCAACUUCACCAACCCGCUCAGCCAGCCCUGCCUGCCUCACACCGUCCUGUUUGCAACAGGGGGCUGGAGCGGGGGGACCCCAACCAACGUCAUCGAGACGUACGAUGACAAGUGGAUGAACGUCACCUGUGAGCAGCAGAGCCCCCGCGCCUACCACAGCACCGCUAGGCUCAACAGCAUCAAGCAGUUCAACACUCUUCAGAAAGCGUGGCAGGAGGUUUCCCCCAUGCACUCCCAGCACUGCUACGUCAGCAUCGCUGUCCUCAACAACUUCAUCUACACCAUGGGGGUGUUUGAUGGGUACACACGCCUCAACACAGUGGAGCGCCAUGAGCCAGGGAUGAACCAGUGGAUGCUGAUUGUCCCCAUGCAGAGGAGCGAUGUCAGUGUGACCACGCUGUAUGACAAGGGGUGUAUCUGUGGUGGGUUCAACGGACACGAAUGCUUGAUCACCACGUACGAUGCCACCACAAACCAAUGUAUCUUCACAGCCCCAGUGAGCAGCAGAGGCAGCAGAGUGGGUGUGGUGGCAAAUGACAAUGAAAUCCACGCGGUGGGAGGAUCUGAAGUCAACUCUCUUCAGAGCAUGGAAGCUUACAACCCUGUUACCAACACGUGGUGCAUCAUUCCCACCACAUUCAACCCCCGCAGCAACUUUGGCAUUGAAGGGGUGGAUGACCUCCUGUUUGUGGUGGGCAGCUUUAACGGUUUUACCACUAUCUUCAGCGUGGAGUGCUACGACAGAAGCACUGACGAGUGGUAUGACAUCCAGGACACAGCCAUCUACCACAGCACGCUGAGCUGCUGCCUGGUGCCGGGGCUGCUGAACGUCACAGAGUACGUGGUCAGACCCGACAGCUCCUGCAAGGAGAUCAAGUUCACUUCUUCAACAAGCAGCCUGCCUGUAGAAACAGCACCAAGGGCUAAUAAGUUUUUCUGA